AAAGAGUUAAAAUACUAGUAGUUUAUAAUGAAAUAUGUAGCAUCAAAAUUUAAACUAAAAAUUGACCAAUAAAUGAUUUUUUUUAGAUGCGAAAAAGGGAUGUAAACGAUUGGGGUAAUUGGUUGACCAAUAAAAUGGGUAAUGUUGUGCAUCAAUAUGGAAGUGAUGCAGCAGAUAAACGUUACCAAGAAAUCGUGAUUGAAUUGACUGCCAAAAAUGAAGAAUUAGAACAAAUGCAGAUUUACAAGGACAUCAAGAGAUUAGAAGAGGAACUUCUCGCUUACACCAACGCCGGUAUUCAGCAAAUGAAGAAUAAACUGCAAAACUUCAGAGAUGGAAUUUUCGGUCGCGGUGGUAAGGAAUAAUAGAAGAUUACGCCUAAAUAAGAC